UUGUAUAGUUGACAGCUAGUAUAAACUAUGGCCGCUUCGUCAAUUCGCGCUCUAAAAUCUUACUUGCUAUGACAUUUGUUGACGUUGUUACUUUAUUUAGUUUUAUCCUUUCGUUUUAUUGUUUUCCCUUUAGAAUUGCCUCUUCAAAUGUCCGUUUGCAAUGGAGUUAACACAAAAAAGUUCUCACGUAAACGUACCCAGCCCUCAAGACUUGGUGAAAGCAAGACGCAUAUUGAAGAGAAAGAUAUCGCGUUUGAAAUAUUUCGGGGCUUCGAAAAGAAGCCCGUGGUUGUCGUGCCUCGUUACGACAUCACCCCGUUUCUAAACAAAUCCCGCAAAACAAUCAAUACUAGAAAUCUACGAACAAAUAACACAGUCGUCCAAGCGAAAAAUGUCGCCAGUCUCAUUAAGUUCGUGAAGGACUGUUCAGUGAGGGUUGCGAGUCAUGACUUAAGAAAGCUACAAGGAUCGUUGUCGAUUCAGUCUCCACGUUCAGAUAUCUCAGAGUCCAAUGCCGACGAAGAAAUGGGUCAUCUAAGGUGUAAAAUUUGCGAAAAAGUAUAUUCAAGCGAAAAGAAACUGCAGAACCACCAGCAAAAUAAACAUAUGAUCGUGUACAGGCCAGAAAAGAAGCCGCAGAAAAAGGUAUCCUUCUCUGACCAUGUGAUAAUCCACGAAGUAAAGGAAUACCACAAAUGCAGGAAGUGCCCUAGGAUAUUUGAAGACUACAAGUCGUUAAAAAGCCAUAUGAAGGAAUUCCAUAAAAAACGUAAAUGUUACAUUUGUAACUAUUGUAAUAAAAAGUUUGUGGACAGGAUGUUUUUCAAAGUCCAUAUACGGCUGCACUGUGAUGUUUGUGGUGUGCUAUUAAAGAACAAGUCUAAAUUUCAAGAACACCGUCGAUCAGUCUGUCGCGUGCUGAAAAUGCACCUUUGCAAAACUUGUAACUGCUCUUUCUUUAGAUUUAUGGAUUUAAAAGACCAUAGCUACGAACAUUUGAGUACAUUUUUUAUUUGUGACAUAUGUAAAGAUCAGUUUGCUACGAAAUGUGCAGUAGCGCAUCACAUAUCAUUUUUACAUUGUAAACGUAGACCAACAUUGAUGUACGACAUGAGAAAUUUGGGAUCAGAGAGGUUGUACCUUUGUAACUUCUGUGACGAAAGCUCUGUUGACCGUGAUUUGAUAGAGGCCCACGUUCAAGCCUUGCCAGACUUGUCAAACCGUGCAAUGACAGGUUAUAAAGAUUAUUAUUUCUGUGAUCAGUGCUUGAAGAAGUUUGACACAGAGAAAGACAUGUUACAACACAAAUGGACACAUUUUCUAAAGACUACUGACAAUUCACAGAUGCGGGAAAAAGAAAAGGCAAAAGGAAAAAUUAAAACUACAUAUAAAGUUGGUGAAAAGAUUCCAGAGUAUAUGAUGCCGAGUAUUGUUUUGGAGAAAAUCAGUAUCGGGGGCAAAGUUCUCGAGGACACUAUAGAUUUCGUUGACGUCAACAAUUUUGACAUUCAUCAUGGAUUGAUCAAGAAAGCAAUAGUAGACCCCAAGAGUAAAAAGACUCUUCUUUCCAAGCAUCAGUGCCCGACCUGUCACAAAUAUUUCUCGUCAAGAUACUGCAUGAACCGACACAUAGAGAAUGUACACCAUGCAAACCGAGACUACGAGAACUUGAGGUGUAAAGUUUGUGAGGAAAUAUUUGUUUGGCCAUCCCUCCUCCAAUCACACAAAUGUAUCCGCUCUUUCAUCCCAGAAAUGCCUUUCGAAGAUGCCAGAUCGGAGAUACAUUUUGACAACCUUCACGAAAUAACCCAAAAUGGAAUAGAUGACUUUAAUAUAACAGAUCAUGAAGACUACAUAAACUCAGUGGACUUUGAAAUACCAGCUCCAAUUGUGACAUUGAGUGAGUGUGAUGAACAGUAUAUUCCAAAUGACAAUCCGAUACAGAACUUAGGUUAUAAAGUGAUUAUGCAAGAAGUACCUAUAGAAUUUUAAGAUUAGAGCAGUUUAUAGUGUUGACACUUCAAAUUUCUCUCUCUUGUCUGGGCGAUUUUCUAAUUGGAGCCCAGUUUCCGCUUUCCUAUAAUUUCUUCUCCACUUAAGUCAGUGUGCAUAAGAACGAGUUUGUUUCAUACAUUUGGUCAGGUGUAUCAUACACACAUACGCACAAUUUAUACAUAUAUCGGGGCCAGAUAAACCUGACCCCCCCCUGUGUUAGUUAGGUGAGAGGUACUGUACAACAGUACAAUUUUUAAAAUAUCGAAAUUUUUGUCAUGAGUAGGCGGCGUUGCUGUGAUCAGUUCAGUUUUGUUUUUUAUUAUUAUUAUUAUAUUAGGACAUGCAUGUAUCUAAAAUGUACAUAAAACAUAUAUAACUUAUCAGAGACAAUGCAAUGUCUAUCUUAGAAUUCUGAGACAAAUAAGUCUCCGCCGGACGACGAUGGUCUGCUAUUUAUCGAAGAUAGAUUCCCCUGAUAUUAAUUUAUUAUAUGCUAUAGACUUUAUAAAUAUCUAUGGUCUCUGCCAAAUAUAUUUCCGUUAUUUUUUUUUUAUUGUCCAGCAUAAUCAUGUCGAACAUCCCAAAAUCAUUGUAAAGUAGCCAUUGUCAUCAUCAUCAUAGCUUGAUAUUAUAUACUUAUGUAAACUUUGCCAUAUUAUUAAACAUAAGAUGUGGUUUUAGUCUUUUUUUAUGUUCCAUAGGUUUUAUUUAUAUUUAUUAGGUAUUUAAUUUUUUUCAAUACUAUACAUUUUAGGAUGUCUUUAUAAUGGACGAAAAAUAUACAUUUUCGAACGUGGAUCAAUCAACUUCCUUUUCCAAUGCGUAAACAUAAUUUAGCUUUGCGAGUUCCAAUAUUACUUAUAGCUUCAAGGUCACAAUACGUGCUAAAAAAAAGAGGACUGUCGACAUACGGUUUGCCUGUGCAAUGGCCUAGGGCAAUGGUAUAUCCUUAUAUUAUAAAUGCGAAAGUAAGUUUACGCGGGCGAAGCCGCGGGCAACAGGCUAGUUGGCAUAUAAAUCUUCUACUGCCACAGUCUACUGCGUAGGCAAACCAAAGAUAAGUGAGAUCUCAAUUUUCGCGGCGCGCAUAUUAAAUUCAGUAAUAUUACAGAAAGAAAAUUGUAUUAAAAUUAAAAGGUUUUUAAUAACGUUUAUUGCUGUUUAAAAUUUUACUUCAGUGUUAAUUUAUCUCGGCCACCUGACAUGUUAAUUUAGAUCUGUUUAGUAUAUUAAAUAAAAAUUAUUUAUUUCAGGCACAUAAUAUAAUACCAUAAACAUUGUAAUUUUUCUAUAAUUGUAAUUUUAAAAGUUUUCAAUUUUUUAAAAUUACAAUUAUAGGUUACAAAUAACAAAGUACCAAAUUUUUAAGUAACAUAUUUAUUAUAAAUUAAUACACAAUAUGUAAGUCAUGUUUUACGUAUAUUUUACCCAGCAAGGGUCAUUCAGGUAAGCAGUGCAGUACACAGCCCUAACAAUGUUAUUAUUGCACUGGCGUAAGCGCUGAUAGAAAGAAAAUUUUAUUCUACGUAGAAUAGCAAGACAGUCAUUUACCCUAUACGAACGAACAUGCGACGCGCUACAUCUCCACGGCAGCCCGGGCUGAGUAUUGAUAUAAUAUAUUAAUACUUGUCAUGAACCGUUUUGACAUGAAAAAAUAUAUUUAAAUGUUUACAAUAUUUGUUUAAGAAUAUACCUACUUUAAUGUAAUAAA